CAGAGACCUGUCAUCGGACGCGGACUAGACGGGUACCCAAGACGGCAGGGUUGCGCGUGUGCCUUCCCAGGUCCUGGCAGCACCAUCCGGCGAGGGGGUGAGGACGCUGGCCGCCUGUUUUAUGACUGCAAGAAACACUGGAUGUUCUUAUUUUGAUUUCUUCUUCACUGGAUAUACAUGCCCACGAUACUGGGAGCAAGCACGCGGCACGCCGGUGAACGAGCACAUCGUUAUCGAUGGGGAAAAUAAGUUGAAAGCUUCGGAAGAAUGUUUCCAGGAAAGCGGAUUGCUCCGUUGAUCAGCGUGAUGGGUGUUUCGAGGGGAUUUUGACAUUUGGAGAGGAUCUGGAGGUAUCCAUCUACAGCUUAGAGCUCGAGCGCAACAGAGCGCCAUACUGCAAAACAAGCUUUCCGGAUCGAUACAGUGUAGCAGCAGCCUUUUCAUGCGGGGGAAUUGUGCGUUUUAAUGGAAAUGUAAACAAGUAAGCUGGCGAGCAAGUACCAAGUCAGCAACGUUGGCCUGAUCCACGUAACUUCUGCAAACUGCAUGCAGCCCUGGCGGUGGAAACAGGGCUGGAUGAGCCCAAAAUGGCAAAUAUGAGGAAAUCUAAAAGAUGAAUGCUGCAUUCCCCACGUAACUUGUACUAUUCGCCUAAUUUCCCUUUCCAUACUAGCCCGAGUUUAGAGCAAAGCAAGGUGCUCCUCAUGCCUCCAACAUGAGGGAGAUUUAAGGCCGUGCGGAAUUGAUUUAUUAUGGGGGGAGCGCAUUAUUUUGAUUUAAUCCCUCUCUCCUCUUUUACUUUUCUUUUGUUUAUCCUUCGCGAGAUUUUUCUUGGAUGUCCGCGAUUGUCAUUUUGCUAGUCUGGAACGUAUAACGCAAAAGAUCCUCCGAAGUAGGUCAGAUCAAAGCUGGAGAGUUGUUAGUAUGACACCUUUUCACACUCAUCUUGAUGUAGGCUAUGCCGGACAUUUAUGCUUUGAUUUUUUUUACCCGUCGUUUGGCUCUAUGACAGCCAAAUGAGAGUUUGACAUCUUGGCAGCCUCCCUCUCCAUCUCGUUCGCCUCUUUGUUUUGUUUUUCCACCUCUCAUUUUCUGGCUGUUGAGUGAGUGAGUGAAUGGCUCUGUGCGGAACGACGGCUUCCAAUGCCGCGAAAAUGAUGGCUGCGUACAACGGCGGAACCGCGGCAGUGGCAGCGCAUCACCCGCACCAUCACCACCAGCUGCCCCAUCUCCCGCCACCCGCCCACCUCCACCACCAUCACCACCCGGGCCAGCAUCACCUCCAGCACCCCGGCUCGGCCGCCGCCGUGCACCCCGUACAGCAGCACGCUUCCACGGCCGCAGCUGCUGCUGCUGCUGCCGCGGCGGCGGUGAUGCUGAACCCGAGCCAGCAGCAGCCGUACUUCCCCUCGCCCGCUCCUGGUCAAGCUCCGGGGCCGGCGGCCGCUACAGCCCCGGCGCAAGUUCAAGCCGCCGCCGUGAAGGCGCAUCAUCAUCACCACCACCACUCGCAUCACUUACAGCAACAGCUGGAUAUAGAGCCGGACAGACCGAUCGGAUACGGAGCUUUCGGUGUUGUUUGGUCGGUGACAGACCCCAGAGAUGGCAAACGUGUGGCCCUUAAAAAGAUGCCCAAUGUCUUCCAAAACCUCGUCUCCUGCAAGAGGGUUUUCCGUGAACUGAAGAUGCUUUGUUUCUUCAAGCACGACAAUGUGCUGUCAGCUCUGGACAUUCUACAGCCUCCACACAUCGACUACUUUGAGGAAAUUUAUGUGGUGACGGAAUUGAUGCAGAGUGACCUCCAUAAGAUCAUCGUGUCUCCACAGCCCCUGAGCUCUGACCACGUCAAAGUCUUUCUCUAUCAGAUCCUCAGAGGAUUGAAGUAUCUACACUCAGCUGGCAUUUUGCAUAGAGACAUUAAACCUGGUAACCUACUGGUCAACAGCAAUUGUGUGCUUAAGAUUUGUGACUUUGGCCUGGCGAGAGUGGAGGAGCUGGAUGAGUCGCGUCACAUGACCCAGGAGGUGGUGACGCAGUACUACAGAGCGCCAGAGAUCCUGAUGGGGAGCAGGCACUAUUCCAACGCCAUCGACAUCUGGUCUGUGGGCUGCAUCUUUGCCGAGCUGCUUGGCCGACGCAUCCUCUUCCAGGCCCAGAGUCCCAUCCAACAGCUGGACUUGAUCACAGAUCUGCUGGGGACUCCGUCUCUGGAGGCCAUGAGGACGGCGUGUGAGGGGGCCAGAGCUCACAUCCUGAGAGGACCACAUAAACAGCCUUCACUUCCUGUCCUGUAUACUCUAUCCAGUCAAGCAACCCAUGAGGCCGUUCACCUCCUCUGCAGGAUGUUGGUCUUUGACCCAUCGAAGCGGAUCUCUGCGAAGGACGCCCUGGCGCACCCGUAUCUGGACGAGGGGCGUCUGCGGUACCACACCUGCAUGUGCAAAUGCUGCUACACCACAUCCUCUGGCCGCGUCUACACCAGUGACUUUGAGCCUGUCACCAACCCCAAGUUUGACGACGGCUUUGAAAAGAACCUGACGUCAGUUCGGCAGGUCAAAGAGAUCAUUCAUCAGUUCAUCCUGGAGCAGCAGAAGGGGAAUCGGGUACCGCUGUGUAUCAACCCCCAAUCAGCUGCCUUCAAAAGCUUUAUCAGCUCGACAGUAGCUCAGCCCUCUGAAAUGCCUCCAUCUCCUCUAGUUUGGGAGUAGCUGAGGAUGGCGGAGAAGACGGCGUUGAUAACAGUGGCGGAGGACGUCCCUCCUGCGUCCACCCUCGUCCCCCACGGACUACUGAUCCCCAGGCUUCCCCAAACCUGCGUAGCAUUGCACUGGAGUCUAGGACUAGCCAUGUCGCUGAUGUGUGUGUGUACUGUAAUACUUACUAAAUGGGAGUUAAUAGAAGCAACCACUGCUGAUGAGUUCAAGCGGGACACGGGAAGGGUGGGCCUGGUCACGGGGGGUCCGUUCGUACAUACCCACUGCUCUGUAGUAGUAUACUGAAGGUUCGCGCUCGUGAACCCAUACUUUCGGCAGACGAAGUCGACCCCUGUGGACUUGAAUGUAUUUUGAACAGCAGGGCAGCAGAAUCUGCGCCGUAUCCCUGAAGGAAAACUCUUAACGACCAUGUGUGCGAGUAAAUCAUGCUUUAUUUAUUCAUGGAAACAGAAAGUGCAGUGCUUCAUGUAGUAUGGAAAGAUUUUAUUUUUUUUGCUCAUGCUAGCACCUUACUGAAAACCAGGGCCAUCGUCUAGAGUGGAAAACCGCUGUCCCGGCCCUCAAAGGUCCUCUGUAAUAGCAUAUUCAUUAGGCCAACCCAUAUAAAUUUGUCCCGGGCCAUGUCAAUUUUAGCGACGGCCCUCGUAAGAACUGUGACCACUCGUUCGGCUAGAGUGAGCUGCUCAUUGCGUUUAUUUCCUGCAACAGCGGUGUGAUUUUUAUGACUUUCUUCCAUUUAUGCUGUCAUCUGCGCUCUUCCUUUCUUUCUCUAUCGAUCUAUCUUUGUUCGCAUCUCGCUUUCCGUCUCAUAUUCAACUUUCGUCAGUAAAAGCAAAUCAGUAUUCUUUAGCGCAGCACUUGGCAGAGAUACUGAUUCAUAGAUACUGUUUC